UUUCCUUUUUACGUCACUUCCUGUUGAAAGUGGUCCGACUUGGAUAUCGCUAGUCAGAACCUGAACAAUGGAGUCUUCAGUUCCUUCCAUACCAGAGUUUUACAGGGAUAAAGGUGUUUUUAUCACUGGUGCCACUGGGUUCAUGGGUAAAGUUUUAGUGGAAAAGAUAUUACGAUCUUGUCCAGAUGUGAAGACUUUGUACCUUCUUGUAAGACCUAAGAAAGGGAAGGAACCUGUUCAGAGAAUUGAAGAAAUCGUCAGCAGUAAGCUGUUUAACACCCUGAGAGAAGAGUAUCCUGAAUUCCAUAAAAAGUUAAUACCUGUAUGUGGAGAUAUAUUACAUGACAACUUAGGGGUGUGUCAGACUGAUGAACAGAAAAUGAUUGACAAUGUACAGAUUGUCUUCCAUUCAGCUGCUACUGUCCGAUUUGAUGAAGAAAUGAAAUUGUCAGUUGAAAUGAAUGUCCAUGGUACCAAUAGAGUCCUACAGUUCUGUAAAAAACUAGUCCACAUUGAAUCUUUCCUACAUGUUUCCACUGCCUAUGCCAAUUGUAAUGUAAAGACGAUAGAAGAGAAAGUGUAUGAACCACCUCUUCAUCCUAGUAAAAUAUUGGAUGCUACUGGAUGGAUGGGAACUGAGAUAUUAAAUAUGCUGACACCAAAGAUGAUCAAAGACAGACCAAAUACAUACACAUAUACAAAGUCUAUAGCAGAGUACUUAGUACAUGAAGCUAGAGGGGAAUUACCUGUAGCUAUAUUUAGACCAUCCAUUGUUGGUGCAUCAUGGGAGGAGCCUGUACCUGGUUGGGUUGACAACUUCAAUGGACCAACAGGACUCCUGGCUGCAAUAGGCAAUGGUUUGUUACGUAACAUGAUGGGUGACCCCAGUAAAACAGCUGAUAUUAUACCUGUUGAUACAGCCUCUAACAUGAUGAUAGCCUGUUCAUGGAUCACAGCUGUAAAUAGAUCAACUAUAGGGAAUGUUUAUCACUGUACUACAGGCCAGUUAAACAAAUUAACCUGGGGAAUGGUUGAGAAAGAUAGUUAUAAGUAUUUCAUGAAAAACCCAGUAAACACAGUCACCAGAAUACCUAAUCCUAGAUUCACAAAAAAUGUGAUUUACCAUGAGAUUUUAAUGUUAUUUGACCACAUGUUACCAGCUUAUAUCAUGGACUUUUUCUUAUGGAUACAAGGAAAACGGACUAUAUUUGUUAAGAUACAAGACAGACUACGUAGAUCGGUCGGCAGUUUAGAUUUCUUUACCUCUAAUGAAUGGGAAUUCGCUAAUGGCAAUUUGUAUAUGUUGCUUAACAAAAUGACAACUGAAGACCAAAAGACAUUCAACUUUGACCCUAAGUUAAUAGACUGGUCUAAGUAUAUGGAGCGUUACUGUUUAGGAACAAAACAAUUUGUACUGAAAGAAGAGUUGUCAGAGUUACCAAGAGCAAGGAAAACCCUCCAACGAUUGCAGAGAAUCAACCUAUGUAUCAAUGUGUUUGGUUUAAUUAUUCUUUGGAGAUUGUUGAUGAACAGAUUCACUAUGGCCAAGUCACUGUGGAACUUCUUAAUGGGAUGGGCAGUGAAGAUAUUCAAAAGUCUGCCAACACUUAUGAAAGCCAAAUAAUAAUCAUGAUACGUUUUAGACAGGACAAAUUAAAUAAUUCUGUGAUAAUGUUGUGAACUUUAACAUUGUAGGUUUCACUUUACAGAUCAUUUCAAAAUUAACAUCUGUGGAAAAAGAACUAGAUUUGAAAAUAACCUUUUGAUAAAGUUAUAAUAUUGUUUAUAUAAAUAUAAA